AAGCACAAGAUGUCAUGGACACAGGACAGGUAAAAGAAGUAGGGAUCUAUAGUAGCAAAAAAUCUGGCCCAUAGUUCACCAUGGGGGGAGGAAUUUGCAGGGAAACUUCGGAGGAGCAUUCUUAAGAAUCUUCGAGAGAAGUUGUGGAGUUCUUGCCUAAUAUUUGGGUUCCUUUCGUAGACUUCGUAUUUGGCUCUUUUUCUCUCCCCCCUCUCUUUCUUGUUCAGAGUUUAGCUUCAUCAACUGUUCAAGAAAAGUGAAGCCCAGGCAGUGUCAGUUUGGCUUUUAGAUAUAGAGAUGGCUAGUGGGUUUGGUCAAUCAACAAGCAUGCCGCCUGAAAGUUCGACUUGCUCGGGCAAUAAUGCUAAUGAUGCCGGUGAUUUUGAAUGCAAUAUAUGCUUCGAAUUAGCGCAAGAUCCGAUUGUAACCCUUUGUGGUCACCUCUUCUGUUGGCCUUGCCUGUAUAGAUGGCUACAUCAUCAUUCUCAUUCCCAGGAGUGCCCAGUUUGUAAGGCUCUUAUACAAGAAGAAAAAUUGGUUCCUCUUUAUGGUAGAGGCAAAACACAGACAGAUCCUCGAGCCAAAUCUUAUCCAGGUAUUGAUAUUCCCAGUCGCCCUUCUGGGCAAAGACCUGAAACUGCCCCUCCCCCUCCCCCUCCACAUGAAGCUAAUAACUUUCCCAAUUAUGGGUUUGGAUUGAUGGGGGGAUUCGUACCAAUGGCUACUGCAAGGAUUGGUAACUUUACAUUGUCAACGGCUUUUGGUGGUCUUUCUUUAUUCCCUGCAUUGUUCAAUGUUCAAUUUCAUGGUUUCCCGGAUGCUACAGUAUACAGGACAACAUCUGGUUUUCCAUAUGGAUAUCAUGCAUUUCAUGGUGGCCAUGCACAUGGAUUCCCCCAGCCAAUGAGUCGAGGUCACCAUGCUGAUAAUGUUUUGAAGAAUCUUCUUUUGUUGAUCGUUGUCUUGGUGGUACUUGCUCUGCUUUGGUGGUAAAUCAAUCCUUUACCACUUGAAUUUCAACUGUGAUUAGUCAUGUUGAGGUGUCAUCCUGUGUCUGUAUAUAUGCCAGCUGCUCUGGUGAUUUCCUUUUAUUCUUGCGAAAGAUGUUAAUAGAUACUUUCUGAUUCUGUAGUCAUAAACACUUUUUGAUGGAUUUUAUGUUUUCCAAGAAUGGCUUGCAAAUCGCAUUCACUUUACCA